AUGGCCACCGCCGAUGCAGAAACCUUUGCUCUCAUAGCAAGGCUCCUUCUUGACGAUAUCAACGAAGUCGAACGUUAUCGCAAAGGGAAAAGGAAUGAAGGGUCGCCUCCAACAGACGAAGAAUUGUCUUUCACUGCGCAGCAGAAGGAAAUGCAAGACUUGCUUUCCAGCAUGCAGGACCUCCGAGUCGCCCAAGGCCUGAAUCGCGCGUUGACAACCGACGACGCCAUCCUCAGCGCGUUUGACAUUGCCGAACGAUCUGCUGACGACGAUAGGAGGGCAGCUAUUGCUCUCAGCUCAGGUCUUCCAUUACCGCCGAGGACGGACUAUCAGCAACGCGUAGAGGAUCGCGGGUUUUCCUUGAAUAUCCCUGAUGCUCCUAUCCACGCGCCUCCCAAAAAGCCUUCGGCACCUCCUUCCUUUGUAUUUGUACGUCAGGAUGAAGUCGAGAGCACCGUGUCUAUCAAUCCGUACCGCUCCAAACCCAACCGCCCAUUUCAUUCUCACACCGCGAAGGACUGUAUUUCGUGCAUGGAAUCAUUCACUCCAUCCCACAACCUCCGCCCGGCGUGUGGCCACGACUGGUGCUCUCGCUGCAUCGUCGACUUAGUGACGGCUUGUCUCAAAGACGAGUCCUUGUAUCCUUUACGAUGCUGCGGGCAGAACUUCGUCGAGAGCGAGAUUCUCGCUUCGUUGAGGGAUCGGAGACUCCAUUCACAGUUUCGACUCAAAGCGCAAGAGUUCGCCACCCCUCCAUUGCAACGCGUCUAUUGCCCAGAACCUCGCUGUUCUUCGUUCUUGUGUCCUGCAAGCAACGUGAAGAAGAGCGUCGCUUGCGAGUCUUGCGGAGAGAUGGUGUGCCUAGCCUGCAAGAGUCUGGGGCACGGGGAUGAGGACUGCGUCGAGCAGGCAGCGCUCACUGAGCUAAAAGAGCUUGCGCGUGAGAAGGGGUGGCAGACGUGUCCCGGAUGCCAUGCCGUGGUCGAACUUAACUAUGGCUGCUACCAUAUGACGUGUCGGUGCCGUGCAGAAUUCUGCUAUAUUUGUGCCGUCCCUUGGAAACAAUGCCAAUGCGCGCAGUGGGAUGAAGAGCGACUCCUCGAUACCGCCCGCCAGCGCGUCGCGAAUGACAUGGGCCGCGAGGCUAUGAUACAGCCCCAACUAUAUCAAGCGCAGGUCCGACAGGCGGUGAAUCAUCUUCGCGUAAACCACGACUGCCAGAGUCAUCGCUGGCGCUAUCGUAGCGGCGGGGGACGUUGUGAGGAGUGUCAUCAUAACUUACCUCAGUAUCUUUUGGUGUGUAGGGGUUGUGGUAUGCAAGCAUGUGUCAGAUGUGCGCGUAAUCGCCUUGUAUGA